UGGCCCAGAGACGAGAAGAGCUUGAAGGAGAAGGAAAACGACAAGUCCCGUUUCCUCUAUCUAUCCUAUCGUCUUUUCUUUCCCUUCACGCUCAGCCCAGUACCGCAUCCAAUUGUGGUUUUGAAUUGCGUCUUUCUUAGACCUUUGACCGACGUGCAGCUAGCCGGUUCGCAUUGGGCCUUUUCUUUUACAUCCUCAUACGGUCAAUCCUGUUCCGCCAAAAAAAAAAAAAAAAGAAGAAGAAAUUGAGAAUUUACAGGACGCCGCGGCAGUAAGAGUAAAGGUUCCUCGGCGAAGCCGGUGCAUGUGGUAGGUAGCCGCACGGAGAGCCAAGCCGGGACAGGGGAGGUGCGCCGAGAUGGACGACUACAUGUUCAAGUACUUCGUGGGGGAAUGUAGGGAGGUCAAGGAAGCGACGAGCUAUCUUGAGAUUCUCAAUUAUUCGGAUGCGUCCUACAACUCGGUAGAGGAGCAUCCACUGACACCAGAUGAGUUUGAGAACUUUCUCAACGAGAGGGGCGCCUUUGCUCCUCCCCAGACGAAACCGGGCACGACUCGUCUGAGUGCUACCCGGCUAGUACUCCAAAAGAAUGCCAAGGACAAGGACACGUUUACGCCGUUUUUCAUUUCGUUCCCUCGUACCACAUACGAGACCAUGGUGCGGACGAUGAAGCUGCCCUUCCGCGCCAUCGAGGGAACGAGCGUAGUCGGACCGUUCUUCUGGUGUGCCUUUGACCAGGACGACGAGGAUCCCCAUCUCCAGAUCAUCUUUCGCAAGUCAGAUGUCCGCAAGAAGGGCAAGACGCGCGGAUGGGAAAUCAUGCUCUCGCACGGCAUAAAGACGGGCCUGACGACGGGCUACAUCAAGGGGACGCCGUCCUCGGACAUAGUCGAGUCCAUCUCGCACCUCAAGGCCUGCGCGGCGCAGGUCGGCCACCCGCUGCUCCUGCCGGUCAUCAUCCUCUCGUACGACCUGUCGCCGCGCAACGACCAGAAGCAGCGCGACGCGCGCGAGUGGCUGCGGCGGCUGGAGCACGCGGUGAGCAUGCGCGACGAGAUCGAGGAGAAGGACGGCUACGUCCGCGACGACGGCGUCAUGGAGGUCGACGCCAUCAGCCGCGACUUGGUCGAGUGCCACUCCCAGGUGCUGUGGAAGCGGCCGCAGGCGUACCGGGAGGUGGUGCGCUCGAUCGAGGUGGCCAUGGAGCGGUUCUGGGAGGGCCUGCCGGAGGAGCGGAAGACGGGGCCCGAGGGGGAGUUGUUGUCCAAGCUGCAUCGGAGCAUGCUGGGACGGCUGGAGUUUUACACGGCCAAGCUGAAGGGGAUUGAGAAUUACCAGGCGACGACGUUGGAAAGGCUUACCAUUCAGAGGAGUGCGCUGUAUAACCUGCUAUCGCAGCGAGAGUCGAAGAUCCAGUUCCAGAUGGCCGGUGAGCAGCGGCGGCUAGCGCACGCAAGCAAGCGAGACAGCACGGCCAUGAAGAUGAUUUCGCUGCUCGGCGUGCUAUUCCUACCCGGGACGUUCCUGUCGUCGGUGUUCAGCAUGACCUUUUUCGACUUUGAACCAGGCGCGGAACCGAUGGUAUCGACACAGCUAUGGGUGUACUUCGCCAUCACGGUGCCGCUGACGGUGAUCAUCCUCUUUGGAUGGUUGCAGUUUGAUAGGAAAAAAGAGGAAAAGUUCAGGGAGCAGGACGCCGACUUGGAGAAGAACAUUGAGCACAUGGAGGCGGACAUCAUGGCGAUGAUGCGGAAACGGACGAUGAGCAAGGCCAAUACGUGGACGUCGAUUACCUCGCCGGUGAAGGCGUAAAAGGGGCCCGAAUAGCACAUACACACACACACACACGAGCCAGCCCAUUGCUCAACGAUACGAUUGUACGACUGAAUGACGAAAUGAACGAACGACUGUAAACGACCACCGCAGCAUGGCCGAAAAGAAAAGAAAAGGGGAAACAGAAGGAGAAGGAGGACGAAUUGAACUGGCCAAGUCGAAAUAGACUCAAGGUACCUAUUGGGCUGACAGACCACGUACCUUAUGUUAGGUACCUUGAGUACCUUGCCUUACCUUGUGUACGGUAGAGCAAUACAGGACCUUACAGAAUAGACGGGAUAGGCAUCAUAAUUCAUCUUCACGAUGGCAUCAAAGG